UUUGAGAAUCAGACGCCGAUGAUUCGCCUCUCAAACGUGUGUCAGAGCUUGAAGAAGAGUGUCUGAAGUGGAGAAGGCUUGAACUAUCAGUGGGCUGCUAUAGGCUAUUCGGAAAAAGGUGAACACUGCUGUAGGCUACCCCUGAUUUCCAUCUACGAAAGGAUUCAUCAAAGACAAUGGCUCCCUCCCUGUCUCAGGCCUAUGGGAGGCGCUGGUGGAUGGCAGUGACUGCUGUCAUUGAGAACCUGCUGUUUUCUGCGGUCUUACUGGGCUGGGCCUCCCUCCUCAUCAUGCUUAAGAACGAGGGCUUUUAUUCACACCUGUGCACAGAGAAUGAGACGCACCAUGCCAACCACACGCUGCUGGAGGACCUGGACUGGCCCAGCUGUGUGGAGCAGGAGGAGGUGCUCAACCUGGGCUUCACCAUCGGCUCCUUCAUCAUCAGCGGCGCCACGCUGCCCCUGGGCAUACUCAUGGACAAGUACGGCCCGCGCCCGCUGCGUCUGCUGGGCAGUGCCUGCUUUGCUUUCUCCUGUGCCCUGAUCGCCAUAGCUUCAUAUAACCCUGAUGUGUUGUCCAUCCUCAUAUUCGUCGCUGUUUCUUUCAACGGGUUCGGCGGAAUCUGUCUCACUUUUACCUCCCUCACGUUGCCAAACAUGUUUGGCAAUGUCCGAUCCACCAUCCUCUCCAUUAUGUUUGGCUCCUACGCUUCCUCCGCGGUGACAUUUCCAGGGGUCAAGCUGAUUUACGAUCUGGGGGUGCCCUUCAAAGGGAUCUUCUGGGGAUGGGCGGGUUUUGCAGGCCUCGUCUUCAUCAACUGCUUCGUCAAUUGGCCCGGCGAGUCCUUCCCUGGCCCCGAAGACCCGCGCUACACUAAGAAGGUCAAGCUGACGGGUCUGGUUCUGGAACACAAAGCGACCGGAGACCGCUGCUACACUCAUGUGGCCACCGUGGGCCAGACCUUCACUGAGAAGAAGGAAAGCCCCCCCGAUCAGCUCUACAGCAAUGAGCAAGACAGCCAAAGUUCACCUCCAUUCCGCAAGUCAGUCUGUUCGCCAAUCUUUCUCUGGAGCGUCAUCACCAUGGCAAUGACGCAGCUGCGUCUCAUUUUCUUCAUGGGCGCCAUGAACAAAAUGAUUGAGUUCCUGGUAACCCACGGCGACCCUAACCCCACUGAGGACAUGGUGCUGGAAGCAGAAGAACAAGUUAACUUCUACUCGUCCAUCUUUGGCACCAUGCAGCUGCUGUGUCUGCUCACCUGUCCCCUGAUUGGUUACAUCAUGGACUGGAGGAUGAAGGAGUGCGACGAGGAUGCAACCUCUCCAGAGGGGGAGAAGAGUGAUUCUGGGCCUGGACCAAAACGGGACAAAAAGAUCCAGAAACUUACCAAUGCCAUCAGAGCCUUCAUCUUCACUAACCUGCUGCUAGUGACCUUUGGCAUCAUCUCCCUCAUAGACUACCUGCCCAUACAGCUGGUGGCGUACGUCCUGCAUACUGUGGUGCGUGGUUUCAUCCACUCCUGCUGUGGAGGUCUCUAUGCCGCUGUGUACCCUUCAAAUCACUUUGGGACUCUCACGGGGAUGCAGUCUCUGAUCAGUGCCCUGUUUGCCCUGCUCCAGCAACCCCUCUUCAUGGCCAUGCUGGGACCCCUGAAGGGAGACCCUUACUGGAUCAACGUCGGACUCCUUGCAUUGUCAAUGGCUGGCUUCCUGUUGCCGGGAUACUUGCUGUACCACCGCAGACAACUGGUCCAUAGGAAGAAGGAGCUUGAGCGAGAGGCUACUGACCAUUCACCAGAGGAAAGGAAACAGCUCACUAAUGGCCUCGCCAAGUCUCAGAGCAAUGGGCAAACAGGCAAUGGGCACAAGAGCAAUGGACAUUUUAGCAAUGGCCACGUAGACGGCCAUGAAGUUUAAGAAAACAUCAUAUUGAUAAUAUAGUGGUCAUGUUAGUUAUCAUGUUAUAUAUUUUUUUCCUUUGGACAAAGGAAUGCACAGUUUUAGUUUGUUGUGCAGCCUAUGUGUUUAGUAACAGACAUCAGAUGGCUAACUGACUAAUGUUUGUGUUCCAAAACUUACACUACGGGAUAAAACAAAUCCCAAAUCACAUAACAUCUUAUACACAACUAUAUGUGACAUUUUGUAACCUCAAGGAUAUAAUUUAUUAACAAUUUAUUAAUGUUAUUAAUUGUUUUGGAUUUUUCAGCUUGCCAUCUAAAAACAACCUCAAACAUACAGCUUUGAGUAUACUGUAGGAAGUGCUCCUCCUCAAACACUUGAUAAUUUAUUAACAUUAUGUUAAGAUUGGUUGUGUCUCGUUCUCUAUGACUCUACGAAAAUAAUUAGUUUGCCUUUUCGCAUGAAUCACAAGGAAAUCUAAGCAUGCGACCCAGGUUUCGACCUGACAAUAUCAUACUCAUUUAUGACCAAAACCACCAUAUAGCUGCCAUUAUAGCUGCCAUAUUCAUAAGCACAUAAUGACAGUGCUAUCUGCAGUACAUUAAUAUGGAGCUGGUAGAAUGGAUGGAUUGGCUGUGCUCAUUUUGACCUACCUCCCUCUCAAGUCCAUUCUCAUCACUCUGAAACGGUUUUGUUGAUUUCGGUGAAACAGUCGAUCCGUGAUUGUUUAUUAUGAAUGUGCACUAGUCAAUAAUCCUAAGAAACACUCUGGUCAAGUCUGUUUAGUUAAAAUCAAUCUUUCUCUCUCUCUCUCUCUCUCUCUCUCUCUCUCUCUGUGCCCUCUGUGUGUUUUUUACCCACCUCACUUCCACCCAGUGCCCCCUCAUACUUUGACCUGUCCAUUUAUUUUUCAUAUGUGUUUGUCUUUGAUGUUCCCUCUUUGUGACUGACCUGUUUGUAUUAUGUCAUCAUUGCGUCAGUUGAGUCCCAAAUUUGAUUACGCACCACUAGGGUGGCCACCCAGUGCUAGGUUUUGCCACAGUUAGGUUUUGUGCUGGCACAACCACGUUUUUUUCACUAAAAGAUGCUGUAAAAAGUAGUUUUUUUAUUUACUUAUUGAAGGCUUUUUUAGCCUGUUAGUAUUGCUGAGAAAUGUAGUAUUGCUUGUCGCAGUUUACUGCUUAACCAAUAUAUUUUAUUUAACUUGUUGUUAUUAGUUUGUGAUGGUAAUCCAAAUGCUGGGGCCCAAAGCCAUAAACCUUAAGCAGGUUCAGCUGAGCAUAUUUUUCAUGCCAUCAAAGAAACAUCUUCAUUGUGAAUGAAGAGGACUAUUUCAUCAGAUUGUUUCUGGGCUUGAGAUGAUACUAUCUCUACAUGAUCAUGAUGAUUAUGAUGAAGCGGGGCUUCAUCCAAAUGCAGACACAAUAUUGUGUGUUGUUUCCAUCUUGUUAGCCUGAUAAGAAAUUUAGUUCAGACAAGUAUCCACAAGUAUAGGCUACUGUAUUAGUGUUGAUAUCAAAUAAAACAAAUUAACCCAACCUUAAGGGUAAUAUCAGGCAGAAAUGUUCAAAUGUAUUAUUAUGUAGAUAUUUCAAACACAGAGGUAUUGAUUUCAUAGUUUAUGGUUUUGUUGUUUUUGGAUACAUGUUAUUUUGCUUUGUGAUCUUCUGUGGCACGCUCCAUUUUACUGAAAAAUGAAUACCUUUUGCUGCUCUCAAUUACAUUUAAGGAAAUAGCACAGCUGUGUUACAGAAAAGACAGUAUUCUUUUUAAGAAUGUUGGCGAUAUUUAAGAGAAUAACUGAAGAUAUAACAGUGGAUCAAAGACCAAGUGCCUUAGCAGUUAAGCCACUUUUUGGAGUACAGAGCUGUAUGCCACUGAGUAGAGCUUUGGCUAUUGUAGAAAAUAUGUGUUUGUAAUUAUUAAAUGUAUGAGCUCAUAUUGGGAUAUCACAGGAACGAUUACUGUACAGAAUAUGUGAAUAUUUCAUGCUACAUGUAGUGUAGGUGUCAUUGUUUAAUUUUGAUGAUGACAAUGAUUCAUCAGCAUUUUGGUGCUUUAUGCCUUUGCUUGAUGUAUGUUUGUUCAAUUGUAAUAAAAACAUAAUCCUGA